UGCCCAACUGGUUUCAAGGUGGGCAUCAACUACCAGCCUCCCACGGUGGUGCCCGGGGGGGACCUGGCCAAGGUGCAGCGCGCCGUCUGCAUGCUGAGCAACACCACGGCCAUCGCCGAGGCCUGGGCCCGCCUGGACCACAAGUUUGACCUGAUGUACGCCAAGCGUGCCUUUGUGCACUGGUACGUGGGGGAGGGCAUGGAGGAGGGGGAGUUCUCGGAGGCCAGGGAGGACAUGGCCGCCCUGGAGAAGGAUUACGAGGAGGUGGGGGCUGACAGCGUGGAGGGCGAGGAGGAUGGGGAGUACUAGUGCCUUGUCCGUUCUGCCAGCCGCACCGCGAGCUGUUCAAUAAAAGUCCAGUCUGCAUCA